AUGGCUGUCGACGAUUCCGGCAACAUAGCUGUGCUUAUUGAUGCCGACAAUGUUUCUCCCAAGGUGAUUGUUGGGCUCAUGGCUGAGAUUGCCAACUAUGGCACGGCCAGCGUGCGGCGCAUCUAUGGUGACUGGACGUCUCCCUAUAUGAACACUUGGAAGAUGUGUCUGCUGGACCACUCGAUUACACCGAUUCAACAGUUUGCCUACACCACCGGCAAGAACGCUACCGACGGCGCUAUGAUAAUCGAUGCCAUGGACUUGAUGUAUACCGGCCGCUUCACCAAGUUUUGUAUCGUCUCGAGCGACAGCGACUUCACACGUCUUGCAUCUCGUAUCCGCGAGCAAGGUAUCACAGUGUGUGGCUUUGGGGAGCGCAGGACCGUCAAUGCGUUCAUCGCUGCAUGCGACAAGUUCGUGUACUUCGAUGUCCUCCCUAUGCCGGGAGACGAACAAGUGGACAGGGAAGGUGAUGUGCCGAUCGCGCCUCAGAUGUCUCUGCCCAUACGCAAAAUCCCGACCGGGCCAGCUGCGUUGAUGACGCGCCCUCAAAAUGUGUUUCGUGUUGAUCCUCCGAAAAGACCAAUCGACCAGGCAGCCCUUGACGGGUUGAAGAAGGCGAUCAAUAGAUGCGUCAGCUUCGAAGAUGAUUAUGCCAACCUGGCAGACGUUGGCAGUCAUCUGGUCAAGAUCUCGCCUGACUUGAACGCGCGCAACUACGGCUACGAGAAACUUCGAGAGUUUGUCAUGACAUCAGGGAUUGCGGAGCUAAAAUGGAAGUCGCUGGGUGACCAUCCCCCGAUGGCGUUGGUCCGUCUCAACAAGGACGAGAGCAACAGGCCUCUCGGGAAUAGCCCAGGCUUCAGCGGGCAUGCCAGCUCCAAGAAUGCAGCCUCAUCCACUCCUGCUCCGUAA